AUAAAUACUAGUAAAAAUACUCUUAAACUAUUCUCAUACGUAAAACAAUCAUGAACAAGUUGCUAUUCCUCCUAUCAUUGAUUAGCAUUUCUUGGUAUUCAACAACUUCACAACUAGUUAAUAGCAAUGGUGGACUAAAUAUUCCAAAUCUACUUGGAAAGAAUAGCCCUGCAAAUAUUCUCAAUGAAGCUGCAUCAAAUAUUCCAAUACCCAAUUUUUUUGGAAAUAAUAAUAAUCCAAUAGGAUUGAUCAGUGGAGGAGGCGGCGUGUCAAACCUUCCAAUUCCAAAUAUAUUUGGAAACAAUAAACCAGUACAGCAGACCACUGGAGGAGGUGGAUCAAAUAAUCCUGCUCCAAACGUAGUUAUCAGUAAUAAUCCAGCUUCUUCUUUACCUUCAUUCAAUCUUCCACAAGCUGACUACGAAAGGUUAUCAGCUCUUCUAGCUGAAAUACAACCACUUAUGAAUUUAGUUGUACAAGAAUUACAACAACAACGACUCGAAAACAUACCUGAACUUAAUAGACAAAGUGGUAUAAUCGUAGCAUUAUUGCUUCAGGUACGAGCAAUGCUCCAAAAUGAACUCCAAACACUAUUGUGCUCUCCUCAGACACCUAUUGUUAUUUCUAUGGAAAUUCAAAUCACAACUCUCCUUGGUCAAGUAAAUACUGCACUCACUUUGACUGCACAACAGGUCCCUGAAAAUUCAAAUCAAGCUUUGCCAGUUAGAAGUGUUUUAAGUUUGAUUGAAGUUGGUCAAAUUAGUUCAGCUCCUUCAAUACUGAAUUACAUAUGUAGUCUUUUCAACAAAGGUCAGUCAAUGAAUCUAUAAAAAUUAUAUAUCUGUGAUAAAAUACAUAUGUUAUAGAUAAUUUAUUAAUAACAAAGCAAACUUAGUAAAUAAAUCAAAAAAUAAAAAAUAUUUCAUGUGAAUUGGGAUUGAAAAAUGUGUAAAAAUAUUUGUAAUUGCUUGCUGAUACCAGUCCAUCUAUUUGUAUUUAUUUAUAUUUAGUAAUGAGAUAUUAAAUUCAUACAUUAAUAUAUAAUAAAUAUAUAUGUAUAAUACAUUUAUAAUUUAAUAAUAGGAUUGAGAGUAAUAUAGAUAAGAUAGAGCAGUUGAAAAAUUUAUGAAGAAAUAUCAUAUACCAAAAAAAUAAUUGCAGUAGGUCGCUAUUAACUAUUGUAAUUAUUAUUUAUUACAUAUUUUAAAUAAUAUUUCUUACAUUAGAAAUGAUUGAGUCGAUGUUAUUAUCAUGCUUAUUGUCAUCGGAGUUAUGUGUUAUUGUCUAUACGAAAUACAUGAAUAGCAACAUACGUAUAAUAGACAUCAUAGAUUAUUAUUUAAAGUACAAUAUUUUUUUCUGUGAGAAUAUAUUCUUAUAUGUCGGUCACAGCAAUGAUAUCGACAUUGUCGUACGCAGAACAUGAUUGCAAGCAAUCCGAUAAUUGAUUGAAACUACAAUUUAGCCACUUAAAAUUGUAGUUAUUAUUUAAAAUAAUUUAUAAGACAUGAUAUAUUCUAUACAAUAUUUUUUGCACAUCAAUAUGUUCCUCCACUAUGAUCAUGUUAGUAUACACUAUUGAGAUUAUAGUUUGUAUUGACAAAAAGGUUAUGUAGCACAGGUUUAAAAUA